CGUCCUCCUCGAGGGCUGGGAAAGAAGAAGGAGGAGGAGGUGGAGGCGGCGCCGUUCGGGCAUGGAGCGCUACGAGAAGGCGGCGCUCAACGCGCUUUCGCCCCCCGAGGCCCGAAGUGAAGUUUCAUUAGCCUCAACUUUAAGGACAAUGCUGUUCUUCACAGCUUUAAUGAUUAUGUUGCCGAUUGGAUUGUAUUUCUCAACAAAGGCGUAUAUAUUUGAAGGUACCUUUGGAAUGUCCAACAGGGACAGCUACUUCUAUGCUGCAAUUGUUGCUGUGGUUGCUGUCCACGUUGUCCUUGCUCUUUUUGUGUACGUAGCAUGGAAUGAAGGCUCCCGACAAUGGCGGGAGGGUAAGCAGGACUAAGAGAGCUGGAUGGCCGCCUGACAGACAAAGGAAGAUUUGUAGGUUGUGGUGCCAGCCUCAAAAGACUUUCCAGAAGUCCCUGUUUGAAUUGGAUGAGAUUGGUGGGACGGAAAUGUUUUGUUUUGCUUGUAUGAAUCCGUGAUUUCAGGUGUCCCAAAAUUUAGCAGAGCUGGGAAAAACCAGCAAGAGGAGCAAUUGAGUAAAUUUUCUAGACAAAAACAUGGAGAGACUGCACCGUAAGUAGAUAAUAGAUAAUGCUUUCAGCAGAUUUGGUAAUAUCAAGGUAAUCUUUGAGCUUCUAGUAUCAGUGAAACGGAUUGGAUUCGUACGUCCUCAGUUUUCCAAUCUGACAUUGGAACGGUUGGCCUUAACAUCUAAGAAACACAGGUGUUUUGGAACUGGUGUUUAUUUUGUUUGAUGACAGAACAAUGAUGCCAAGUUGAACCAGACUACCACUCUACGUGGUAGCUUUUCACGUAAGAUUGUUCCCCCCCCAAAAAAAAAAAUUAGAUAAAGAGUUUUGUCAAAUGCCAUGAUUUUGAAUGCAGUUUUUCUGUUAUUCACUACCAAGAAGAGAAUUCCUUUAAGAAGGAGAUUUUCUUGUUUAAUGGACCAAGAUGUGAAUCAAUUUAUCACUAAUUUCAGAGUCUUACCAAUGUUAUUUGGCCAUCCCAAAAUGCCUCCCUGUUGAAAUUUAAAGUUUGUUUUAUCGCCUAUUCUUUGGGUUGAUCAAUUGCUACUUUUAGCCUCUUUCUGUUGGCAGCCGGUUAAUUUGCUGCCUUGUCUCUGCAAAGAAAAGAUCCCACUGCAGUAACAUUCUUCCUCUUCAUUUGCUGCUGAAAAUCAUGGACAUCAUGUGUUGGAAUGACUUUGAAAUUGGAAUUCGUCCUGAGGGUCCUUGCCAACUUUUGGAGGGAAUUCUCUCGUAAUAUGUUGUACAUUAUUUGUUGUGCAAUAACGAAAAUUAUCUUCCUUUCCCCUUUUCGUCGGUGGGAUGGUUGGAUAUCCAACCUGGUGCUGCUGCAAAGCUGCCUCUGACAUAACUGGAAUAUUUUUGUACAGGGUUUUCUUCACAAGUAAUGUGUGGUUCCCAAAUUCCACAAAUGUUGAUCAGGAGCUAUGCUUGCUUCAAAAUUGAAUUGUUUCCUCUAAAUCUUGAUUAUGUUGGAUUUCUAGAUUUCCUCCUGUUGUUCUUACCAAUGAUUUUGGGGAGUCAGAAUGGCUCAGUGAGAAUUUCCCAGAGAGAGAAAGGGAGGGGGAGAGAGAAAGAAAGAAAGAAAGAAAGAAAGAAAGAAAGAAAGAAAGAAAG